GGGGGCUCUGCACCUAGGAAAGCAGCGGUUCCAACCUCCCCCCUCCGCUCUCUCGCCUCCUCUCGCUUCCUUUGUUCCGAAGCUUCCAUCCCCGACUACAUCCGGUCCCUGCAUCCGGUCGGCCACCAUAUUGGGGUUGCUCGCCGCCCGUCAGGCCUCGGCGCCACUUCUCCUUGCGGCCGCCCGACGAGGCGACUGGCCGGGGCCCCGGAUCCCGCUCCGAUCGGCUCCUCCUCGAUCCCUGGGGCUCAUCUUGAGGCCUUAACAACGAGUGAGAUCAUGGAGGAAAAUGGUGAAGAUGUGGCUCCCCUGGCGGCCUACAUUUCAACAGAUGGCAGCUACACAGAGACCGUGCCCAUGCCGACUCACAACACACUGACGGCUCCCUCACAGGACUCUUCCUCUGCCACUAAAUCAAAGCGCCAGCCUGUUUGGACUGACGAGGAGACCCGGGCCUUCAUCCAGGUGUGGGGUGAUGACGCGGUGCAGAGUGCCCUGGCAUCAAACUAUCGUACAGUUGCACAGUUCCAGUGGAUAGCGGAUGAAAUGCGAGCCCAGGGUUACAACAGGGAUUGGGAGCAAUGUCGCGAACGUGCAAAGGCCCUUCGACGAGGCUUCAAAGUUAUAGUGGAUGGGAACAGCAAUGCUCGCCAUGGACGCCGCGUGUGGCCUUAUUUCGAAGAACUUAAUCGAUUUCUUUGCAUCAAGCGAAAUCUGGUCGUUCCCCGGUUUUCAGGGAGCAACCUGUGGCCGCCUGUGAACCGCCGGAGUUGUGAGUACAGAGAAGCGCAAGAUGCCCCGUAUGAGCCAUCCCCAGUAGGCAAGAGCAACAAAGGGACUUUUGAAGAGCCAGACGGGGACUGUCUGUUGUUGCCCGAGCCAGGAUCUCAGCAGAGUGAAGCCAACAUGGAAAACCAAGCGGCGUCUCCAGCAGCAAAUUCUGAUAUUUCCAUGGAGGGUAGCAUUGGUCCUGGCACUCCCACCGAUCUUUUGCCAUCCAAUGACUCAGUUACUGCACCAAAUAUACACCCUCAGCCUCUGACUGCUGCAGAGAGGAUGCGUAAUUUUCGUUGCCGGCAAAGAAAGAGAAGAGGGGAUACUUUGAAAGAGCUGAUGGAAGUCACCUCCCAGGCUACCAGUUAACUAGUCCGGACAUUAUCUGACCUCAGACAUAAAGAGGUGGCUUCUUUUGAGCAUGCUUAUAAGGAGGAUCCUGCGGCCCGGAGGGAUCAGAUUGGAGAAGAGCACUGAGGACAUUGGUUAGCAAAUGUUUUUGUCUUUAAAAAAAAAUGGAAGGAGGAUGAUCUAGGAAAGUACAGAUGUCUCAGUUGACAUUGCACCUGGGGAAAGCCCUUGAACGAAUGAUUAAGUAGUGUGUUUGUGUACCUGUAUAGCAAUGCAAAAGUUAACAAGAGCCAGCAUGGGUUUGUCACAAGAAGUUAGGCUAGGCAAACCUUUAUCUCCUGGACAGUUACCACCUUAAUUGUACAGAACAUAACGUACCUUCACCUCAGCAAAGCCUUCAACAAAAUCUCUCAUUAUAUCCAUACAGGCUACAGGUGGCAAUUGAGACUGGCUGAAUGACUGUACUCAGGAAAUACAAAUAAACUGAUCCAUAUCAA